GAGUCAGGUAUUUUAAACCAGUACCAAGAAGUCAAAAAAUUCUAUUCAGCUGCGACGUAUACCAUCGCGCGUACUUGAUUAAACUUUGGUUUGCGGUACUCUUGGGAGAUGUAAAUGUAUUCUGUUUGCCAUAAACGUUUGCUGCGUUCGUGAAUAUCGACGUUAAAAAUAGUUUUUUUACUUGUUGUAGGUGUGUACGAGUAUCGAAUGUGAAAUAAAACGGCUGGUUUUUAAGUUAUAAGAAAUCGAAAUGGCAGAAGCAACUUACAUCGAUGGUCCGGAUCAAAUUAUACCUUGCGAUGAACAUAUUUGUACUGAUCUAAACGGCGUAGUUAAACUAAGAAUUCCAGAAAACGGUAAAGCUAUUGAAACGAUAAAACCCAUCUCAGCACCAGGUCUUCUCAUGAGAACAGCUUCAGAAUAUCCGGAUAAAAUAGCACUGGCUUAUAAAGAUAAUGGAAAGUGGGAAAAUGUUACUUAUAAACAAUACCUUGAAAACGUCCGGACUUGUGCUAAAGGUUUCUUACAAUUGGGUUUGGAACCAGGACAUUCAGUAUGCAUUUUGGGUUUUAAUAGUCCAGAAUGGUUUUAUUCACAUCUAGCGGCUAUAUUUGCAGGAGGUGUGUCAGUAGGAAUUUACACCACCAAUUCACCUAAAGCCUGCCACUACUGUGCAGAUAACAGCAAAGCUAACAUAAUAGUUGUAGAAGAUGAAAAGCAAUUAGCCAAAAUAUUGGAAGUUAGAUCGCAGCUUCCAAAAUUGAAAGCAAUAGUACAAUACAGUGGAGAAAUCACACAUCCUGACGUGAUAAGUUGGAAGAGACUGAUGGAAAUUGGUGCUCAACAAGCGGACGAUGACUUAAAUUCGGCCUUGAAAAAAGUCGCAAGUAAUAAAUGCUGUACAUUGGUGUACACGUCUGGUACCGUCGGUAACCCAAAAGGUGUUAUGCUAAGCCACGACAACAUGACAUGGAAUGCCUUAGCUUUGCUCGAACGUCUAGGAAUCGUUGCCGGUAGUGGCGAACGUGUGGUUAGUUAUCUUCCUCUAAGUCACGUGGCUGCUCAAAUAGUUGACAUAUACAUUAUGAUGACGAUAGCGGGGACUAUAUAUUUUGCCGAUAAGGAUGCACUUAAAGGAUCGCUCAUCAAUACGCUACAGGAAGUUGAACCAACCAAAUUUUUAGGAGUACCUAGAGUUUAUGAAAAAAUAUAUGAAAAAAUGAUGCAAAUCGCUGCAAAAAACGGAACUGUACGAAAAUAUAUAUCGGGAUGGGCAAAGAAACAGGCCCUACAGCAUCACAUCGAUAGUAUGAAUGGAAUCAAAUCAUAUACCUGGGGAUAUGCAUUAGCCAAAAAUCUGAUUUUUAGUAAAGUUAAAGAGGCGCUAGGUCUGUCCAAGUGCACAUAUUUUGUUAGUGCUGCAGCUCCUUUGUCCACGGAUAUCAAGAGAUAUUUUCACAGCAUAGACAUUCCAAUAAUGGAAUGUUUUGGUAUGUCUGAAGCUAGUGGGGGUCACAGUAUUGGAAUUGAAGGUGCUACAAAUUUCGAAUCUAUAGGUAUGACCAUUCCUGGCAUGAAAACAAAAUUAUUCAAUGUUGAAGACGGUCAGGGUGAAAUAUGUUUGUUUGGAAGACAUGUAUUUAUGGGAUACUUGGAUGAACCACAGAAAACAACUGAAACUAUAGAUGAAGAAGGAUGGUUACAUACAGGCGAUUUGGGUAGAAUAGACGACAAAGGUUUCAUUUACAUUACUGGUAGAAUAAAAGAGCUAUUGGUAACUGCCGGAGGUGAAAAUAUCCCUCCAGUACCCAUUGAACAACAAGUGAAAAGUGAAUUACCUCAUAUAAGUAAUGCCUUUUUGAUAGGAGAUAAACGCAAAUUUUUAUCAAUCUUGGUUAGCUUAAAGACUGAAGUAGAUCCCGACACUGGUGUACCGCUCGGCAAUUUGACUUCUGGAGUUAAACAAUGGUUACAAAGUUUGGAAUGCCCUGCCGAAACAGUAAAAGAAGUUUUAGCGGCUGGUCCGGAUAAGAGAUUGAUGGACGAGUUGAUGCGAGGUAUAGAAAGAGUCAAUAAGAAUGCUACUUCUAAUGCACAAACUAUCAAGAAGGUUGCAGUGCUUCCGGCCGAUUUUUCUGUUCCUACUGGAGAGUUGGGUAAGUUUGAUAUUGAUUCACAAUUAUUGUUUAUCACUAUUCAUACAGUUUCAAAUUUAACGAAAUUAAUGAAAUAUUGAAACAUACUGGGAGGACAAGGUUAUAGGUUGUUGUGAAUGAUGUUGAAUAUUGAUUGAUUAGUUUAUGAGUGACGAUAUUUUUUUUGAUGCUAGGUAGUUAUAAAUGAAGUUGAAUAUUUAUUGAUUAUGAAUGACAUUAAAUUUUAUAGGUUAUGUAUGGGACUGUAUAAACUGGAUCAGUGCAGGCCAGUUCAUGAGUGUAUAAUUUCAAUUUUGCCUGAAUGAAUAUUUUUGUUGCAGUACUUGGGGUUAAAAGAUCUAUGCUUAAACCUGAAUAAGACACUGAAAUUUUUCAAAUUGUAACAAUUACGUUUUUUGUAUUAGCUUACUUUUCAGUAGUGUUUUUUUGCCUAACAAUAAAAUAUUUUUGUUUUCAGGUCCAACAAUGAAAGUGAAACGAAGAAUUGUUGAACAAAAAUAUGCAGACAUCAUUGAAAAAAUGUACUCAUAAAUUUCUUAUUUUGUUUAAUAAAUUAAUAUACACUCAAUUCAAUAAGUUGAAUUUACUUUCAAUUAUAAUGUAUAUUAUAAUGCAAAUUAUGGAUUUUCACAAAAACAGAUUUUGUAUAAAUAAAACAAAAAGUAUCUUCACAAAAGUUACAAAAUAUUGGAGUGCACAAAUAAAAAAAAUUUACUAUGUAAAUUAUAAAGUUGUUUUUAUUUUAUUAAAUGUAUGGUUACCAAACCCAUACCUCGUAAAUCUCGUUUCAUUCAUGUUUAUUAAUAAAAUAUUUUGAGUAUGA